UAAAAGUCUAUUCAAGGGAACGCCUCUGGGGUGCACAGAAUUUGAAACGAAGCUGAGUCUUCACAUGAAGGGAGUGCAGUGGGCCUUAAUAUUCAGACCAUGGGAAGGAAAUGCGACUUGCUCAUUAAAACGGCAAGUUUUGGCCAGCAUCCGAUAGCAUUCUAAAAUCAAAUAAAUGUAGCGGUGGGCCUGUGGAAAUAACCAUGGAUAAACCCGAAGCGUGCGAUCCGUACAGUCGACCAGCGCGCAGGACGCAGUGGAUAGUAAGUACCUUGGCUUACCAUUAUGGAUUAGAUCGCGGAGUUGAAAAUGAAAUAAUAGUUUUGGCUACCGGAUUGGAUCAGUACCUACAAGAGAUUUUUCACCAUAUGGACUGCCAAGGAGAUGGUAAGAUUCCUGCUGAAGAUUUUAAUAUACUCUGCGAAGUGUUGGGGUUGAAUAAAGAAACGGACCUGGAAGAGUGCGCCGGGAUUCUGGAGAAUAUUCCCAACGAGUUUACUUUCAGGCAGUUCCACGCCAAACUCUGCGGCUACUUCAGCACUAAAGCAGGGUGCCAGUACGAAAACGGUAGGCUGCUCGUGGGUAAAGAGAGCGAGCACAUCGAAACGCAGAUACGUCUCAGAAGCCCUUUGAGGAGAAGGGAGAAGUCCCUAUCGGUGAGCGCCAAGGGAAAAGGCAGUAGGGGGUCUUCACCCACCCCGGGUCGGCAUACAUUCGACUGCAGGCAACUGGGAACAUGCACGCGGGAAUGUUACGAAGAAAUUGUGGCUUUGGAAGAAGCUGAAGACAGGAUAACAAAACUCGAGGAUGAGAAUGCAAGCCUGAGAGAACUGGUGGAAGACAUGCGGGCUGCGCUUCAAAGUAGUGAUGCCCGUUCACUGGCACUGCAGGUAGGGCUAUGGAAAAGCCAUUCUAAACAUAAACAAGACGGCGGAUGUUUCAUUGCCCGUCACAAACUGUCUGCUCAGAAGAAUAGCAUCCAUGGCAACACGAAGAGCCUCCAAAGUUUCCUGCAUGAGAUCGAGCUGCUCCGUAGCUCAAGGGACGGGCAGAUCGAGGAGGCCAUGCUCUUCAACAAGAAACUGGAGAGGGAGCUCAGGAGGUCCCAGGAAGCAUUGCUCACUCUGGAGAACUGCAACAGAAAGCUGAAAAAAGAGCAGGCAGCCAUGAGGAAGAAGGUGGAGGAAGCCAGACUGGCUGUGCUCAGCGGCUUGGGCAAAGUCAAAGAGCUGGAAGUUAAAGCUAACCACUUGCCACUGCUGCAGAGGCACGUCCAGCAGCUGGAGUCCGAACUCCAUUAUUACAGGUCCGAGGUCUCCAAGCUGCAGGUUUCGAGCAGCAGCGCUGGGGAACAUCAGUACAGCGUGGCCAGCGGCCCGCGCCGGAGGUGCUGUCUGACCACUCAGCAGGACCGCCGCUCCCCCACGGGGGGGCGGGCCGAGACCACUUCGGAAAACGCAGUGGAGGAGCAGCUCUUUCGCUCGGUGGAGGGCCAGGCAGCCUCUGACGAAGAGGAGGAGAAGUGGACGGGGGAGCAGCAGAGUCAGGUGGACGAGGUUAAGAGGAUCCUGACCAGGCUGUCCUGUUGUGGAGACAGGUGUGACGACAAGGCGGUGAAGAAGCUCCUGUCUCAUUUCGGGGGCUCCAAGAGUGAGGAGAGCCAGGCAGCAGUUGUGGAGCUGCUGGAGAAAGUCACCCAGCUCAACAAGCAACUGGAGCUGAAGGAGACCCAGGCACGCAAAGUGGAGAUGGACAUGGACCAGAUGAAGGACUCCUUGGUGCAGGAGCUGCAGCAGAAGGCGGAGGAGACGGAGCACCUCCAUCUGGAGCUGCAGAUGCUGGAGACGGAGAGGGUGCGUCUCUCCCUGGUGGAGGAGAAGCUAAUGGACGUCCUACAGCUCUUGCAGAAGCUGCGAGAUCUGAAUGUCUCAAGGAGGUCUCUUGGAAAGAUUUUGCUUAGCACGUUGGAGUCCUGUAGUGAUCCUCAACAUGGGAAAGCCCACAUUCUAGAAGUGUUAAACGCACUCUGUCAUGAACUGGCUGCUUGUGAACUUCUGUCCAGCACGUCCUUGGAGCGAACGCAGAGUCACCAGUCCCUGACAAACGCACUUCUAAUUUCCUGCUGACCAAGCCUGCCACCUGCUGGCUGGUUACCUUCAUAGCACUUUUCAAUGUAAAGAUAGAAAAUUUGAACAAGCACUGUUCAACCAACAGUUGUGACUACCUUUUCUGGCCUUUUUGCCCUUCUGCUGUUUCUGACACUACUUCGGUGGGGAGACACUCAGUGAGUAAGUGAGAGAGUAAGUGAGUGAGUGAAUGAUGGGGUGAGUGUGAUUGAGUGACUGAAUGAAGGGCACAUUGGUUUCUGUGGCAGCUGAUUCAGUCACAGCCGAAAUAAAUGUCCUGAGAUCUGGGGGAAAAUUCCAAACCCUAUCAGGCUAAAAGUCUGGCUAAGUGUCUCGCAAGGAGCUCCUCCUGUGGCUGACAUGACGCUUUGAGUGAGGCUGAUCUGAACCUGAAAACAAGUUUGAUGGGGAACGAUAAAAGACUUGAGGAUAUAGAAGAUAUUCCAUGGGCAUUUGAUAUUCUGUGGGCAUUAUACAAUGAUGGAAGUGGGACAAGUUUAUUUAGUGCCACAAGGGGUUUCUUUCACCGCCAUGUCAGUCUCAACUCUAGUACGCUGUAUUUUGAGUAAGCUAUGGGCUGCGUUGUGUUGUUAUGUACAUGCAACAUUCCAUUUCAUUUUAUAUAGUAGCCAGUCUUACUAGAUUUUAUAUAAUAGCAGGUGCAUGCUUUGUGAAGUUGAUCUUUUUUUAUUGUACAGUUUGUCUAGUUUUUUAAGACACCAGUUGUAUAUUUUAUAGGGUGGGGUCCAUGUUUUUACCAAGUUAAUCUGGGUAGACUAAACUUUAAUACUGUUUCUUACAUUAUACAGAAAUUAGUUCUAUAAAUAAUUAAUUUCGCUAUUAAAACUAGAUGGAAUCAAGAUUAACCUGGUAUCCACCCUAAGCAAAGCCAGUUCUAAUGUAGUGUUUUUUUUUUUUUUUUUUUUUUGGCCAAACAGCCUCUGAAAACUAGCAGUAGAGUUACAACUUGAGCUAGAGUUACAGGUUAAACCAGUAAGAAUGUGCUUUAAACCAUUUCUUGUGCCAUCUUUUAACAGGGCCUACCUCACGCACAAGUGUUAACGUACCCUUACAACCGUUAGACUCUCUUGGGCUCUUCAUAGCUGUAAGCAUUUCAAUUUUUCAUAGUCUUAGCAUUUUCCUCAAGUAUUACUUAUAUUUUUCUUUAUUAGAUAUCAAAAUAUUAGAUUUUUUUCUUGUGAAAAGUUUAGUAUGUUAGUAAUAUGUAGCUAUGUAAUGAAUUAAAGUAUAUCCACUUAUUAGACUGAUACUAAGCAUCAUAUUAUGAAUGCAAAUUGCAUGUAAGGUCCUAGUUAGACCUGAAUGUUUGUAAACAUUUAGAACUGUAUGCUUUGUAAACACUAAUAUAUAAUUUUAAUUUGAUUAUAAGUUUUUGUCCAAGUCUUAUUCUAACUGUUUAUUUCUCAUUUUGCUGUAGCAAUUGGUAGAAAUGGACAUAUAGAUCUGCCAGUCUCAUACAGAUCUGUGUAGAGCUACCAGAUCUGCCGGCAAUAGCUUUAUAACCCCCAAUCCCGCAGUCUUGUUUUUCUUCUCUGAUCCCAAAAACUGAUCCAUUUUGAAGGUCCAAGGGCCUCAUGCAUAGAAUUUGAGUGGAUUUCGUCCUAAAUUUUAUUGUACGACGAGUUACAAAAUUGUGUGUUCGUGUGAUUAAUAAAAUGCACAUCACACAUAUGCACGUUUCUUUUUAUUUAUUUAUAAAUCACGAACAUCCCUGAAGGAGUUGGUCCGCCGGAGAGGCAGAUUGGUCUCGGCUGCGCCGGCUGGUGGGAAGAGCACACGCACCUGGGCUGCGUUAGCUAAUCAGCCCAGGUGCUUAAAGGUGUGCCUCUCUCCCCAUUUCGGGCUAGAGACCGGGAGUUAAUACCGAGAGCGCAGAUAAGAGUUUCGUUUCGUUUUAUUUUAAGCACGAAAGAAAACAAUCCUCAGGUGGGAUGCUGGAGGAGCUGGUCCUGGCCGAGAAGGAGGGUCAGCUACAGAGUAGGGAACUGAAUAGUUGCUGCUGUGUUUUACUUUCCGUUGUCUUUGUUAUUUAGCCUGUUUUAGUUUAUUGUUUUUGCCCGGAACCCGUGAGGGGGAAGGGGGAAGUUGUCCGUUUAUUUUAUUUCAUGUGUGUGUGCGCGCUCUCUUUCUCUCUCCAUGCGACAGAAACCGUUUUCCCCGGUAUUGUCGCAUCUCUCUCCCCGGGGUGUCACGCUUGGCGUGUGACAAUCCCUGAAAGUGUGGGCAAGUGAAUAAGCUUUACGACCCCACCCAGUGAACGCCCUCAAUUACCUUUAGGCUAUAUGGUGACUUACUGACACGCAUCCUCAUGUGCAAGGAAAUGUGCCCGGCCCCUAAAAACGCACUCACGGUGUAUCGUAUGGAGCGUAUAGCCAUGGUCCCUUGAAUGUGAAUAGCUCACACAGGUUUUAUAGUCUAGUCUAUAAUGAGUUAAUAUUUCACAACCGUAAAGCAGUUAGCAUUUCUUCUAGUUGCUUGUGAUUGAAAGCAAUGGCACUAUAGCACAUUUCUUUCUUUGUCAUGCAGUGUAGCUAUUCACAAUUUGCUUGUCUUCUGUCGGUUUAACGCAAUAUUUUAAUGUCUCGGCUCAGUUAAUGUGAGUAUUAGCCUAUGUUUGUGGAAAUGCCUGUUUGUAUUAUAACCUACUGUGUUUAUGGAUGUUAAUACAACCUGCAUUAGUGGCAUGUGGGCAUUUUAUGUUGGAAUUUUUUUCUAUAUUAUUCACACAUCGCUGUCGCUUUUAAACAACCGAACGGAUGAAUUUACUUUGUCCCGUUCGUACACACUUUAUGCUCUUAAGAUGUCACGGCUGUUGAGAAAGGGAAAACGUGUCUCAUGCCGCAAGUGAUAGUUUGUACACAGGCUCUGGAGUUGCGCACAUUUUCACAACAAUUCCAAGGUACAUAAAUCUCAACAUUGGCAUGUAUUUACGAUCAAAUCUGUGCGUACAACCAUUUUAUGCAUGAGGCCCCAAGUUUUUAGAUUAACCACCCUAAAUUAGUUGUUCUUAAACUCGCUCCUGGGGACUCAAUUAAGGCUGUUGAACACUUAAGUUCUUUCCUCCUUUAUCUUAAGAACACAAUGCAGGUUUGGCUCAUUUGCUUUUUCUUUGAAUUCUCCAUUAUCUCCCUAAUGGUUAGUUUUAGUGGCCAUGUGUCCACACUUUCACUAAAUAGGAGUCCAUUGUUUCACCUCAGUCUAUAAUUUGUUCAGAUUUACCUCUUUAUGUAAUCAUUUGCAGUAUAGCACAAUAAGCACAAUGAUUAAAGGACUUUUUAUCCUUCAUGGCAUUCAUAGCUACAUGCAUACAGUAAUGAGGCAUAAGAGGGUAAAUAAUCCCUCAGAACAUAAAAAGAGUGUAAUUUAGAAAAAAAUAACAGCUUGUUAAAAUUCUGGGAUUGCAAUUGGUUGGAAUGAAUACCAGCAUACACAGGGUCCCCAGGGAAUGAGAUUGAGAACCACUACCCUAUAUAAUAAAAUGUUGCCCUCAUGCUCAGAUGCUUUGUAGAACUGCAUGACUUUUUCAAUGCUGGCCUUCUGGAGACCUCUGAACAGGAUUCCAGAAUAGCAAACUCUACACAGCUGUUCCUUAGUCAACCCAGCACACUUAGUGAUACCAUGCAACGUGAUUUAAUGCAUCUUUAACACUUCACAUUAAAUAAGCCAUCACUGAAUAUGUUUCUAUUUCAUUAACUAUAUAUGAAGGCACUCACAAAUGCUCAGGCAUGAAACACCUCUUGUCUAGCUGAAUUUAGUAAGCUGGGAGGAACACUCGAGAGUUAAGUAUGAGCUGCACAUUGUUCCAUUAAGUGUGUAGCAAUGAAAUUCCACUCUGGUGCCUGUACUGGAUAUAUAGUCAGUGAAGGACAUUUGAAAGUCAAGAUAAGUUAGUUAAAAAUACUAAAGCCUAAACGUAAUAUAACCACAGUUUUAAUAUUGUGUUUGUUGUGUAAUUCAUGUUGCUUUGUAAUGCUGUAAUUAACUUUAACUUUAAGAUAUUUUUUCUCAACAUUGCAGGAAUGCUGUUCAGUUUUGCCAUUACCUUGUUGUAUGCCUCCUUAUAAGACCAGGGUAGUUUUUGAUUAUUCAGAGUACACUUGAGUUUUUGCAUAAUCAAAAACUACCCUCGCCUCAUAAACAGGUAUACAACAAGGAAUGGAAAAACUGAACAGUAUGCCCAUAGAUAAAACAUCGGAUUUCAAAUGCACAGGCAUGAAAGAUGUACAAUUUGUUUUCUGAGAAUGAAAAAAUACCUGUAAUGCAACUGUGUGAGUAGAAUUAGACGCCUCCUUUUUCCUUUUAAUUAACUUUUUUUUUUUAAAUUAACAUAGCUUUGGCAAUAUUUCGCUUUUGUCUGUGAACUGCAUAUUUGUCUGUUAAUACAUAGUGAUGUACUGUAGAAUGCCAGCUAUCUCCAUAUUCAACUCUUACUUUCUCUGCCAUGCCAGUAUAUACAAGUUUUAAUUUACAACUAAAUUGCAGCUGUCUGACAAAAAUGUUGUUAUGCAGAGUUAAUAAAGGAAAUGUAAUUUGGUUUUCA